GGCCGGCAGGGACGGGGGGCUCAGGGAGCCAGGGGCAGCUCUACCCUGAAAGCUGAGCCACCUGCAGGCUGCUACCUGCUGAAUAAUAGAGGAGCUGCCAGCCAGCCGGAGAGAAAUGCGAUCCUGGUUAGCCAGCCAGAGAAGACAUCCGAGCUCCCAGCAGCCGCGAUAGCAACUGCAGGGAAGGAGCCUUCCUCCCCGCUGCUCUGUGCGGCGCAGCGUGGCCGGGGUGGCUGGAGGUCUCUGCCCAUCCUGGUGUGCCUUGGGCGGCCGGUGGUCUGCUCCGGGGGCACAGGGUAGGAGCUGGGAGGAUGAUGUGAGCUGCAGCAGGCACCCAGCAAGGCAGAGCUCAAGGGCAGAGCCGGGUUUCCCGGGAGGUGAGGCAGAAGGAGCCUGCCUGCCUGCAGCCAGUGCCCCCACCCUGGGUCUGCCAGCUCGGCCCCAUGUCCAGAGGAGGGGAGAUGGUUUAUAUCCCAGAUGACUCCGACUUCAGCUCCUUCAGGGACCAGUGCGAGAGCCUGGAGGGCUGGCACUGUCGGUACAACAAGGCUGGUGUGACCGUGUGGAGUCAGGGCCAGGAGGAAAGCUGCACUGUGCAGAAAAUCAAGACUCGUAUCUCCUGUAAGGACGUCCCUGCUGAGACGCUCUAUGAUGUGCUGCACGACACCAGCUACCGCAAGAAAUGGGACUCGAACAUGAUCGAGACUUAUGACAUUGGGCGUCUGACCGUCAACGCUGAUGUGGGAUACUACUCCUGGAAAUGCCCGAGCCCCCUGAAGAACCGGGAUUUUGUCACCCUGCGCUCCUGGCUGCCCCUGGGCAAUGACUACAUGAUCAUCAACUACAGCGUCAAGCACCCGAAAUACCCACCCCGGAAGGAUUUUGUGAGGGCCGUGUCCCUGCAGACAGGUUACCUGAUCAAGGCUAAUGGUGAUGGUGCCUGCAUCCUCUAUUAUCUCACCCAGGUGGAUCCUCGUGGGUCGCUGCCAAAGUGGGUGGUGAACCGUGUCUCCCAGUUUGUGGCACCAAAGGCGAUGAAGAAGAUCUACAAGGCUGGGCUGAAGUACCCGGAGUGGAAACGCAAACAUGACCCUGGAUACAAGCCCUGGGUGUACCCGGAGCAGAACACGUUGCCCAGUGUCAGCCUGGCCGAGCUCUCAGUGCAACAUGCUGACUCAUUGGAGAACAUCGAUGAGACAGGGCUGACCGAGGACCACCUGAGCACCAGUGACCAUGAGGCCUGAGCCCUCGCCACAGCCCUCUCCUGGGGCGACCCCCUCAUGACUGGGGCUUGGCAUCUUGAAGGGUUUGGGUGGGAUUUUGGGCCCCCUGUACCUCAAUAAUCAUGUCUGCUCUCCAAUUCCUUCAUCAUAGACCCCCCUACUCAGGCAGCAGGGAAUCCCAGGGUCCCAUGGGAACCUGCAGCAUGGGUGCUGCGAAGAGGGAGGACAGGAACCCUGGUCCCCCUGCACUCAUGGUGGCCCAUGUAAAUGUCCCCACAGAGGAAGUAGAGCAAGCAGUGGGAGCGGGUGCCCCAACAAGAUGCUGGACAGGGCAAGAGAGGGGGGACCCUUCUUGGGGUGGGUAGGAGCUUUCCCAGAAGCAGUAUAUCCCUUUGCCAUUGUAAGACUUCCUAGGGGUGUCCCUCAAAGGUCCAGAAUUGGGGGGGGUCUAUAGGGGGUCAUGCCCAGGCUUUUCAGCAGCACAGGGCUUGGGCUGACCCUCUCUGGCCCGAGUUUUGGGACUGCCAGGCCCACAAUCAGACUGGACCCACUCCAGUCCACUAAGCUCCCCCCAGGGCUUUUUUUGACUCCCUACCCCCAUCCCAGGGAACCCCCUCAGGUCCUUUCCUGGGCAUUAGGCUCAUCUCUGAAGGCUGGCUAUAGUCCAGCUGGCUCUGGGGACUCCUUCCCCAGGUGGUGUUUGGGGGGAUGUUCCCAGCAGUGGGGUCUUGGGCAGCUUCUGUCCCCACUCUCUCAGUGUUUGCUGCUGC